AUGAGCACACGAGGUAUCUACGGAUGGGGUACUAGAGGUCGUGGCAGCAUGUCGAAUCUUGAUACGGGCGAGAUGCUGGUUUUACCUGCUAUAGAGGCUAGGUCUCAUGAUCACACAGCCGGGGAUGACGCAUUGUCCCAGGCUAUGCUGAGGAUUUUAGAGAGGGUCGCUGGGCCCAACACUGGAGCUGGGGGCCGGGGGUCAGUUACAGAACGACUCCGGUCCAAUGGGGAUGAGUUAUUCAGAAUUGUCGUUGGAGUCGCCCCUAACGUGGCUGAGUACUGGAUGGAGGCCAAGAAUAGAAUAAUGGAUGAUCUGGACUUUACCCCUGAGCAGAAAUUGAAAGGGACUGUUUCUCUGCUUCGCGAGGAAGCAUAUCAAUGGUGGCUGAUGAUUAAGGAGGGCACUCAGCUCGACCGAUUGACUUGGGACUAUUUUAAAACUGUGUUUCAGAGUAAGUAUAUAGGAGCCAGCUACAUUGAUGCCAGGAGGCUUGAGUUCCUUAAUCUCACCCAAAGUGACCGUUCAGUGAGGGAGCAUGAGUUAGCUGUUCUAGUCAAGAAGGCCAAGAUUGCUGAGGAUGUUAAACGCGCAGAGCACCAGAAUAGAGAUCGCGAGAGGGGUAGGAACAAGAGGGAUUUAGAGCCUUCAAGUUCUGGGUUGAGGCCUAAAAAAAAGGCCAAAUCUGAUGGGCCAAUGAGAGAUGGGCCUCUUGUUGCACCUACUGGGGUGGCAUUGUUUGGGCAUUGUGGUAGAUGCCAUCCGGGCGAAUGUUGGAGAACUACUGGGCAUGUCUAA